UGUUUGAUUAUGUUACUUUCAAACAGGUUCUGUUCAUGCAAUUUACACACAAAUCAUUUGCUCUUCUGUUGGACUAUUCAUUGCAAAUUGUUUCGCUUUCGAUCAUCAGCCAUUUCUUGAUUAAUCCUGCUGAUUCCGAUUCAGUUGAUGUGUUGUCUCUAUGACGUCAGUGGUUAGGAAUUGGCAAAAAAAUGGCUACUGCGGUCGAGAAUUCCACACCAAAUCAAAGGUAUUACUGCCACCAAUGUGACCGAAAUAUAUCUCCCACUAUUCCGGAAUAUAAUUGUCCUGUGUGUAACUCAGGAUUUAUCGAAGAAGUCCCUGGAGAAAAUGACAUUGAUGAUGAUUUGGACAAUAGAAACGAUGCUGAGGUGUUUCAUCACAAUAACAGACGUUUUGAAUAUAUAAGAAAUGAUACUCGAAUUGGCAGACCAAGAAAUAGAAGAGGUGUGAGGUCUAUCAGACCAGGAAACUCACAGGAAAAUGGGCAUAUGCCUCCUCUUUUUAAUCAGUUAUUCAGCCAAUUUUUUAAUCAAGGCGAUGGAUCUUCUGGUGGAAAUCCUGCAUUUUUAAAUUUUUUUCAAAUACAUGGCAAUUUUGGAGAUUAUGCUUGGGGUGGGCAAGGACUGGAUUCAAUCAUCACAAGAUUACUGGAUCAAAUGGAAGGUUCUGGUCCCCCACCCGCAGACGAAAAACAUAUUCAAUCGUUACCCACCGUAAAGAUAUCUCAAGAGGAUGUUGAUGCCAGUCUAGAAUGUCCAGUUUGUAAAGAGAUGUUCAUUUUGCAUGAAGAAGUUAAGAAGUUACCUUGCAAACACUGCUAUCACAAAGACUGUAUCAUCCCUUGGCUUAAAAAGCAUAAUUCUUGUCCAAUAUGUAGACUUAGUAUAAAUGAAGAGAAUAACAUCAAGUCAGAGCCAAUGGAACUUUGAAUUUUGCCAUAGGGAAUGUCAUUGUUAAUCAAUGGUUGCUAGUCUAUUACUGACGUUGUACAUAGCAAGGGUUAAGCAGUUAAGUCAUUUGAGUGUUUUAUAUAUUUCUUAGUUUAGUGUCAUUAAGAACACGCAUCUUUAUUUUGAAGGAAAUAACUAAUAUAUGUAAUAUUGAAUGUUUAAGACAAAACAUUGUUUUGGAAAUAUUACCUAUAUUAAGAUCCCAUUUUAAAAAAGCAUUCAAACAUUUCUUCUUCAUAAUUUAAAAAUUUCUUUGUAAACAACAUUCAAAUAUAUAUGUACAUACAUCUACAUAAGUUUGUUUGUCCUAGAAGAUAACUUAUGUCAUACUGUUUGUAAUUCUCAAGAAUACUUGUGCAAAACUAA